AUGAGCACCAAACCUACCCCCCUCUGCGUCGCCAUAAUUGGCUCCCUAAACAUCGACUUCGUAACAACAACACCGCGCUGCCCAACCGCCGGUGAAACCCUAACAGCAACCUCCCUCACCAUAACAGCCGGCGGAAAAGGCGGAAACCAAGCGGUUGCAGCUGGACGCGCUUCCUUCAUCACAGAGAGCAAACAAGAUGUACAAGUCAGUAUGAUCGGUGCCGUCGGUGCCAAUGACCCGCACUACACUACGCUUCUUCAACCCGCAUUUCAGAAAUCCGGCGUGAACACAGAGCAUAUCCAGCAAUUAUCCGAUGCGCAAACCGGCUCGGCGAGUAUCAUCGUUGAGGAAUGUGGAGAAAAUCGCAUUCUUGUGGUGCCUGGUGCGAAUCAUGUUGGUAUGAUGGAUUCCUCGCGGAUAGUUGCGACUGUUGCGAAGACUAUGCCUUCGGUCAUUGUGAUGCAGGGAGAAAUUCCGCGGUCGACUACAUUAGAACUUUUGAAGCAUUAUAACGGGAGUUAUGCUCAUGUGGUGUUUAAUCCCGCGCCUGUUUUUUCGGAAGGAAUUUCGCUGGAGGCUGUUAUGGGGACUUCGGUUUUAAUCCUGAAUGAGACCGAGGCUGUUCAGAUGUCCAGGUGUAUCGCCGGGCUACCUGUUUUUGGUGAGAGUGAACUGGAUGCUUUGCAGCCUGAGGAGCUGGCUCCGAGAUUCCAUGAGUUGGCGAGAGUUCAGAUUGUGAUUAUUACACUUGGGGCAAAGGGGGUUUAUUUCUCGACGAGGAGUGGUCGGUGUGGUGCCGUGCCGGGGGUCAAGGUUCCUAAGGUUGUUGAUACUACUGCUGCGGGGGAUACGUUCGUUGGAUAUUUUUCGGCGAAUUUGGCGCGAUUCCUUGCUAGUGGAGCUGCGUUGGAAGCUUUCGAUGACGAGAUUGAACAGGUUGUUGGGAAGGCAAAUGCGGCUGCUGCUAUGUGUGUUCAGCGGAGUGGUGCGAUGCAGAGUAUUCCCUUUGCUUAUGAUUUGGAGUGA